GUGUGGGAUGAAAAUAUGCUUAAAGACUACCUCAUUGGAACGUUGACGCUGCCAAUGUCUAAAGCUAAUGAAUAUACAGGAGGGAAUAUUAUUAGAAGGUAUGAUCUGGUGAAGAAGAAUGGUGAUGGGAAGGAAGAAAACAGAGGCUUCAUUUGGGUCAAGGUGAAACACACUACAAACUUGAUGGAAGUUUGA